GUCAAUACAAGUUGCAAUCAAAAUCUGAACAAAAUUCGUGGAUAUGGCUGCCAAUGAUAUAAUGGCUGCUAAUGAGAUUUUACCACCCAGCGUCAAUACCAACUGCCAGUACUCGACACGAUAUUGCUGGGAAGCAGAAAAAGUGAAGUCACUAAUCAGAUUACGUGCCGAACUAUCUCCACUGUUUACAGGCAAAAGAAAUGCAUCGAAGUAUGCUUGGGCUGUUGUUGAACGUGAGCUUAACGUCCCAUUGCCAUUGUCAAAAAUCAUUAAAAAAUGGAAUAAUUUACUCCAAGAAUACAAGGCAAUUAAAAUGUCCGAGGAACCCAAAAGACGUGAAUGGCCGUUUUUUACACUUAUGGAUGUAUAUUUCAGUGAUCAAGUCAACGAUCCAUCUCUUCGUUUAUUUUCAUCAACGAAAACUUUAAAAGAAACUAUUGAUGACAGUGUUUUUGAGGAUGAUCCUAUUAUAGCUUCGGCAAUUGCAGCUGCUACAUCUGGAGCAUAUAUGGAUAUCGAUGAAUUAAUAAGACGUCAAAAAGAACGGGCGGCUAACGACAAGAAGUUUCCAGUUAGCGACUUAAAAUACGAUAUUAAACCGAUGUUGUCGAAUACAAAAUUUAAUAGCAAUGAUAUGUCGAAACUUUCAAAAAGUGUAGAUAAUCUAAGCAUGCAGCAAUACAGAAUUAAGGAUGAGUUACUACGACAACGCGAACAAGAACAACAAGAAAAUAUCGUUAAGAUGAAACAACAUGCACGACAACAACAACAGCAGCAACAACAACAGCAACAACAACAACAACAGCAACAACAACAUCAGCAGCAACAGCAACAACGUUUCCAUCAUCAACAACAACAUCAACAAUCACAUUCUCAUCGCUUGCAACAACCUACACCUCCUCCAGGAUUGCAUUCUCUACAGCAACAACACCUGUUACAUCAACAGCAGCAACAACAGCAGCAGCUACAACACCAAUUGCAACAACAAUUACAACCACCACCAACACCACCUACAACAGCACAGCAAAUACACAUACAAACGGCACAGCAUCAAGCAGCACAACAACUUCAUCUUCAACAACAACAGCAACAACAGAAAAAUCAACAACAAUUUACGGAUCCUAACACCAUCGAUCAGUACCUGUUAUCGUGGAAUAAUUUUCAUGGCAAUAUGUGUCGGGGAUUCCACACGUUACAAAAAGAUGAAAAAAUGGUUGACGUUACUAUUGCUGCCGGUGGCAAAAUCUUCAAGGCACACAAAUUGGUUUUAUCAGUUUGUAGUCCGUAUUUCCAACAAAUAUUUUUAGAAAACCCAUCAAGCCAUCCAAUACUUCUUAUGGCAGAUGUAGAAGCAAAUCAUAUGGCAGGUCUACUAGAUUUUAUGUAUAGUGGACAGGUUAAUGUAAAAUAUGAAGACUUGCCGGUAUUUUUAAAAGUUGCCGAAGCUAUGAAAAUAAAAGGCCUACACACCGAAAAAAAUUUGGACAACGACACAAAAGAUGUUAAGUUAUCUAGCGAAAAUGAAUCCACAGAAUGUCGCUUCGAUAAAGCUACUCACAGUGUGAAUAUAACAGGAACUCCAUAUGGUAAACCACAUGUACAACUCCAACAUCAACCACAACAACAACUGGAUCCAAAUAUAAAUGGUAGUGUCUCGACUACCAACAGUAACGCACAAUUACCAGUUCCAGGGUUCAAUAAUUUUCGUGAUCAUAUAAAAUCAAAGGCAUCGCUCGCUGAAAAUUUUAUGAAAAAUCUCAAUCGAAACAAUAAUAAUACAAGCAAUAAUAAUUUUAAUCACAUAGUAAAUGCUGGCAACACAGUUUCUGAAACGAUAAAACCAGACAAUUACAACAUUAUGCAGGCUAACAGCAAAAAAAUGCUAGAUACAUCUAGAAAACAGCAUAAAUUUUUAGCUAAGCGAAAGAUAUUAAUGCAUUACAAUGACGAACUAAAUGAAAAACGCAUGAAGGAUAUGAAGGAUAUGGAAUGCUAUGGAAUGGAUCAUGAUACAAACAAUAAUCAACAGGGUACGAAUAUUAAUACUCCAACAAAUAUGAAUCAAGUGCCACAACACACAAAUUUCAAAAUCAGACUCAUGGAGAAACAUAAGAAUUGUAAUAGAUCCAAUAAUAAUAGUGGCAAUAACAGUAAUAAUGAGGGCGAAAUAGAAGAAGAAGAAGAACAUGAACAAGAAGAAGAAGCAUUGAAUCUUGUACAAUCACUUAAUUCAAAUGCAAAUGAAUAUCAUAAAAUCGAGGAAAAACGUAAUCAAGAAUUAUCCGAUAUAGAACAAAUGGCUGUAGAACCAAUGUCAAUAGAAAUAUUAAAAACAAAAGGGCAAGAGAAAAUAAUUAACGAAGACAUCACUAUGACCAGGGACUAUGAGUACAACAAUGAUAAUAAUUAUACUUCGAACAAAAUAAUAAAUAAAGAUAAAAAUAAUAACAACAAUGACAAUAUUAAAUUUAAUUUCAAUAAAAAUACAGCACUCCUAAAUGCGAUCAAUGCAAGAAGUUUGAAGUUUAAAAAGGAUGAUCACGAUGAUAACAACAACAACAACAACAACAGCAGCAGCAACGGCAACGGCAACGGCAAAGGUAAUGGCAAUGGCAAUGGCAACAGUACAGAAACCGAUGCUAGCAAUGGAAUAAAUAUUGAUAACAAUGGCUUAGAUGAGACUUUGAACGACAAUCCCAUCCAUGCUGAUCUGAGUGAUAGUGAUAACAAUAAUAACAAUCACAAUCAGUUAAACUUAAGUAAUCCGCAUACAGUAAAAAAUAUAGCAACGGCAGAAAUUUUAUGUGGUCUCAAAAGCAAAGUUUUCAAAAUGGAGGAAGAUCAAAUGGAAACUUGUAGAGCUUUAAGCGAAAUUAAUAAUGUCGAUUGAUAAUGGGCUUAACGUAUACAACGUCAGACGAAAU